AUGGAAGCAGCUCAUUCAACUAGGGUUGUGAUUAUCGACACCAAGUACGUGCAAACGGAUGCCAAGAGCUUCAAGACGGUGGUGCAAAAGCUGACGGGGAAAGAUUCCGUGGCAGAGGAGGAGAAUCGACAUACCGGUGGCACCCGGAAUUCAGGUCUUUUGAGAGAUUCAUCGUUCAAGGAGUUCCAAAGAGUGCUGAGAGAGAUGCCAAGAAUCGAUGAGCUUUAUUCUGAUUGA